GUCGCGCAGUCCUCGUAACCGGUCCUCGCGUCAAAGAGUGCCGCUGAUACAGCUCUUACUAAUUAUUACCGAGUGCUGAGAAGAGCCCCUGUCCACACCCGAUCGGGGGCUGAUCUUUUUGUUUUUUUUUCUUCAUUUUCGUGGUUGUAGAGUGAGAGACGACGUUCUCAUUUACCAAACGUUUGCGCGAUGAGACAGUUACGGUGUUCGUUACAUCGGGUUGGCACGAGUUGAGGUAGGCUUGCCGAUUGUUUAAACAGUUGUUGUUUACUGUUGCAGUGAUAUUGUAUCGCGAGUUACGACCGCGGUGUGAUCAAGACGUCAUCCUAAUCCCAAGUGGGUACCACGGAAACACCCUACAUUGUUGUACUGUUUACAAACUACGCGUGUAUUAUUGCCAACGAACUGAAGGGCGGUACCAUAAUCACCCAACCGCGAAAUACGUCAUGGUGUUGAGGAAAGAUACCGUGCAGGCCAGAGACUUGUGAGACAGUGAUGGUUGUCGGUGUUUUACCUGCACAAUUGUACUCGCCGAUUCGCAUACAGUUGUCCUCGUUCGUACCGAUAAUACUGGUGAAACAGAGUCUCCGGAAUCGCGUUACACAGAGAUCGAGGUGAGCCGAUGAACCCGGUGAAGAUACGGGAACGCUACAACAGGUUCGACGGUCUCACUGUUACAUCGCGAACCUGGUGAUCAAUGAAACGUAUCAUGUGUUGAGUUGGAAGCUGAAGAAGGAAGUACGGAAGAACAGCAGGCGUAGAUUCCACCGAGUUUGGAAUUCGGUGCAGAGAGUGAAAAUGGAAGUGGCGACGACGGCGCGGGCUUGGCGAGACUGAAUCCUUGGUUCCGUUUUAUCACCUCCCGUCGGCCAAGCGGACCAAGUCCCAAACAGUCGGCGGAGAGUCCAACGCGUAUUGAGAGCGAGUCGAGGCCACGAAGAGGAAAAAGGGCUCAGAUGCGGGAGUGGACGGAUGAUAUUUGAUUCGAACGAUCAGGUUCGAGGACCGCGGUCAUUCCUGGGGGAAAUCCCGGCUCCUCGUAACUCGCCUACAACUUUCACGGUACCUUGAGUCGAAAGACACCGCGCGAAUAACCGACGAUGAUGUACUCGCCGGACAAGAUGAUGGGCAGCAAGGGACUCCACGGGGCGCCCAUCACAGCCCCAGGAUGCUUUCCUUCCGGGCGAUACUCGCCCUCCCCCUACCGAACUGCCCCGGAACCCAUGCCGCCCCCGCCCAGGCGAUGCAUGCCGAACCCAACCAGUCGAAUACUGGAGGACGCGUCGAUAAUGUGCAAUUCCUGGUCACCGCGACACAACGGUGACAUCUUCGGCGGAUUGAACGGAGGUCUUCAGGAUGGUCUUCUCUCGCGAGCGGAAGCCCUCGCUGCUGACCUCGGAAAGCACAACGCGGGCACCCCGAUGCCCUUGAAGCACGACCCCGUGGCGGUUUACCAUCACGGUGCCCACAUGCCAACCCCGCACCCAAACAACCGGCCACAUCACCAGGUACAAUCACAUCUCUUUAUGAGCCACCCGGGGAUGGAGAGCCUGGACAUGCUGGACCCGGCGAACUCGAUGACGACGCUGACCCCGAUGUCGGACAGCUCGGGGGGCGGCUCGGGCCACCACGGGGGGAUCCACGGGCCCUCGGUGUACGGGGGAAUGAACGGGAUGAUGGGACACCACCACCACGCAAACAUAGGGGGUACGGUUCCCCACCCCCACCACCACCCGGCGAUGGCGGCGGCCGCGGCGGCGGCGGCGGCGGCCGGUCUUCACCCGGACGCGGACACGGAUCCGCGGGAGCUCGAGGCCUUCGCCGAGAGGUUCAAACAGCGUCGCAUAAAGCUCGGCGUGACGCAAGCCGACGUCGGCAAGGCGCUGGCCAACCUUAAGCUCCCGGGCGUCGGGGCGCUGUCCCAGUCGACGAUAUGCAGGUUCGAGUCGCUGACUCUCUCCCACAACAACAUGAUCGCCCUGAAGCCGAUCCUCCAGGCGUGGCUCGAGGAGGCGGAAGCCCAGGCGAAGAACAAGCGGCGGGACCCGGACGCGCCCUCGGUACUUCCGGCCGGCGAGAAGAAGCGGAAACGGACGAGCAUCGCCGCCCCCGAGAAGCGGUCCCUCGAGGCCUACUUCGCGGUCCAGCCACGCCCGUCCGGCGAGAAGAUAGCCGCGAUCGCGGAGAAGCUCGACCUCAAGAAGAACGUCGUUCGGGUCUGGUUCUGCAACCAGCGGCAGAAGCAGAAGCGCAUGAAGUUCGCCGCCCAGCAUUGACCCGAGGGCGGCUUGUGACAGCAAAACUGACUGUACCCGCCGCCCAACCUUGAACCGAAGCCCGAACCCCUUAGCGAGUAUCAGGGCUGGCCCUAGACUCGCGCCACGGAGUUUCGGUCAGGGCUGACGGCGGGCCCAUAGUCAAUUUGCCACAGGCCACGGAUAUCCUGGAUCCGACCCUCGAGUAGCCCCGAAUUUAUACCCUCUGUGACCGAAGGUGUUAUCGCGCUGCGUAGGUCGCUCUCGCUUACAGCCGAGAACGUUGAGUUGCGGGUGAUGAAAGCGAAACCGCGAUCCCCGAUCACACGGGUCUGCGACCGAACAACUGCACGGGGUUCGAAAUCGGAAAGAAUACUCAAAAGGUUGCAUCGCGUCAGGUUUUUUAUUCAACUCGUGCUUGUAGUUUCAUUUACAGUCAAACUCCCGAUUUUUAUUCCAAAUCUGGUAUCCUGUUCUUGAUUAGAAAAAUUCUUUGCAAAAGUGAUUUCUUACUUCCGUUUGAUGUGUAUCGAGAGUGAGACUCGAGAAUAAAUACAAACCUGUUUAACGGUCUGUCAAAGAGAAGAAGAAAAGGUUUCGUGGGCGAAAAGAAUGAACACGGAAUAUUAAAUACAUUUCGUAGAGAAAUUGUUUGUUUAAUUUUAUCAGAUAUGUUGCUUGGUUCGUUGUAGUGAAAUGAUGGUGUUUUUCAUUAUUGUUACGCUGUGUCUUAUGCAAACACCUUGUAUUUUUCAAGAAUACCGUGCGUGACGGAGGGAAAUGGAAAUCAUUUUUGAAUUCAGAAUAAUAUUUACCAAAAAACAUCCCAUGCAGCUGACGGAAAAAUAUUUUUUUUGCGGACCUGUGAUACGUAUUUCUUGCCUAUGUCUAAGAUUAUAUGAUCGAAUCGGUAAAGAAAUAUUAUACUUUCUAGUCGAUAUUGUGUACCUCCUAGUCAGAUUGUAGAUAUUUGCUUUAAAUUAGCGGAGAACAACGAAACAAUAUUUAUAUUCAUCGAUCCGGUAUAUUAUACUUUUAAUCGCCUCCCCCCCCCCUUUUUUUUUGGUCCUUUGAAACUGCAAUAACUUCUCCUUGAUGGCUGAACGACGAGCGAUCGCAACCAGUUGUAAGAAUUACGAGACACGAAAAAACCUACAAUUUACCUACGUAGCGUGUAUAUGCAGUACCUUACCUUAGCUUGCAGUUGAAAUUUUGCGGGUGAACGGGUAAUAAUACUAAGUUUUCGUUAUAUACACAUAUACGCAUAUACGUACAUGCGUGUAUAUAUAUAUAUAUAUAUAUACAUAUAUACUAAUAAUAUCGAUGGACGAUUUAAAACGAUUAAACAUUUGGAAAGUACAAUUUAAAACGUAAUAAUGCACUGUAUAAAAUUUGAAGAAAGAAGACAACAACAACAGCAACAACAGCAACAACAACAAAACGUUAAAAAAUAAAAAAUAGCGUCAUUUAAAAAGCGAAGAAAAGGUACGCCGAAAAAUGAAGAGAAACAAAACGUAAUCAUUAAAUAGAUAAAGAAACGAAUAAACGAAAGAAUAAAAAUUGGAACACAUGAUAUUAUACCUUAUGUAUUUAUUGUAAAAUCGAAGCGCGGAAAGUCCGUGCUGGAAGUGAUAUUAAUAUACUAAUAUAAUAAACAAUUAAACACGUAACAAUUAUUAUAACUUAAAUUAUAUGACGCUCGGUGCAGUGUAGUAGUGUGAAAAUAAUAAUCAAUUAUACACUAUGUAUAUGUAUACCUCCAUACGUAAUUACACGGUAAGCGUAUGCGUUGUAUACAUGCAUAGUAUAUAUACGGAUAUACGUUGUAUAUGUAUAAAUAUAAAAAUUACGUAGUGAUAUUGGACAAUCAGUAAAAAGACUGUAUCAUAUCAUAAUGAAGCAAUACACCGUAGAUUUAUCAUAGAAUAUUAUUAUUAUUAUUAUGAUUAUUAUUACUAUUAUUAUUAUUAGAAAAUUAAUCUGAUAAAUAAAACAAUAAAUAUAUGGUUAUAGAAGUAUAUAUAGAAGUAAAAAGAAAAGUUUGAAAAAAAAAAAUAAUCAAUCACUUCAAAUCCGAAGUACCUAUAUAUAUAUAACAACAAUGUACAUAUAAUACAUACAUAUACAUACAUAUAUGUAUAAAUUAAAAGCUUAAACGAGUAAGGUGAAGAACGAAAGAAACGAUUAAUCGAUCCUUAAGCGUGAUCGAAAAUCGCGAUCUCGAUGCUAUGCAUAAAUUUGUACAUAUAUGUACUAUGACAUAAUGUAAUCACCUAGAUUCUGUAUAUGUAUAUAAAUAAUAUACGGGGUCGGUGUACGUAGGAUCACAUAUACAGGCGUAUUUACGUAUGAGGUAUCGUAUAGUAAUCGGAUCUAGCCUGAAAUUAGACGAGACGAGAAUUAAGAAGCGCUUCGUCCCAAUCCUGUAUCAUAUCUCUCCAUCGAACGAUUUACUUAUUUUAUCCCGUUUGGCAACGAACUAGUAACGCUUUCACGCGUGCCGAUCGCAUCUCACGUCCGGCCGUUGAAAUCCACAUUGUCAUAACCGGAAUAAUUACUUACGCAUUAUGCGAGCGGCGUUGCAUAUACCUACUGCCGUGCGUAAUCGACGUUGAUUAAUUAAUCCAAUGCCGGCGACGAAAUUAAGCAAUAGCGAUACCUAAACGAUGAUCAAAGAGACGAUACGAAUAGUAUUGCGGGGGAAACCGUUGUCGUAAAUUGAUAUUGAUAACUACGUAUAAUAUACGGACACACACACGCAUACAUAUUAAAUACCUAUAAAUAUUAUAAAUACGAAAUAGAAUACAGGUCGUUUUUAAAUUGUACAUAUGCGCUUAGGAUUAAGUAUUUUUUAGUCGACAAAAAAAAAAAAAAGCAAAAAAAUAAAAUAAACUACAGA